AUGAGAGUAGACUGGACAAUAUCCCUCAUAUUCCUUUUUAUCACUUUAGCAAAUGCAAUAAAAUUCGAUUUAUCAGCAGCCCAAUACCCAGAGUCGAAGUGUAUAUGGCAUUACGCCAACGCAGACACAUUAGUAGUUGUUACUGCGAACGUGAAUGCAGGACCAAAGCAGAGAGUAGAUGUUGAGAUACUAGAUGGAUCAAAAGAACGCUUCACUUAUCUUCAUAAGAAGGAUAUAAAAGGUGAAACUAGGCUUGCUGUUACAACACACCAGCAUGCAGAUAUUGGUGUUUGCUUCAGCAAUUACUUGAUCGAAAACGUACCAGCGCAUACACAAAAUAGCUACGAAUCGACCAUUGACCUUGAUAUCGAUGUUGGUGCAGAAGCCAUUGAUUACAACGCAAUAGCCAAUCAGGAGAAUCUCUCAACGAUAGAGACUGACAUGCGCAAAUUGGAGCAAAUGACGAGGGAAAUAGUUGCUGAUAUGAAUUAUCUCAAGAAACGUGAAGAAAGAAUGCGCGAUACGAAUGAAUCAACUAACACUAGAGUGAAGAACUUUGGAAUGAUUACGCUUGCCGUGCUAUUCGUGUUGGGUGUCUGGCAAGUAAGCCAUUUAAGAAGCUACUUUAGAAGAAAGUAUUUAAUUUGA